CUAAAGGGAAAUCCCUGGCGAAGGAAAGUUGGUUGGACGUGGUGAUCGAAGCCGCGCGUCGUAUUUCAGCGCCCCGCUUGAAUGGCGGCUGUUUACUGAGGGCGCAUUCAGGACGAACUGGCCGCUUCGCCCCGAGCUCGCUCUGAAAUCGGCGCCAUGGGCGACAGGCAGAAGAAGGAGCCGCUGAACUUCUUCCUGGGCUGCACUGACGACCUGAGCUCCAGCAGCGAGGAGGACGAGGAGCCCGCGGUGAAGCGGCAGAAGCAGCAGCGGGCCUCGGGCUCGGCCUCAGCCGCCUCUGCGGCCUCCUCAGGCGGCCAGAGCGCGCCCGGAGCUCCGCUGCCCCGACCAGACGAGCUGUUCAAGACCAUCAGCAGGCCGGCCUUCCUCUACAACCCGCUCAACAAGCACAUCGACUGGGAGAGCCGCAUCGUCAAGGCGCCCGAGGAGCCCGCGAAGGAGUUUAAGGUGUGGAAGAGCAACGCGGUGCCGCCCCCUCAGAGCUACGUGGCGGAGGAGAAGAAGGGGCCGCCCCCGGGUAUGGACAUGGCCAUAAAGUGGUCCAACGUGUACGAGGAUAACGGAGACGACGCGCCGCAGCCGCACGGAGGACACGCUCGAUUCCUGCCUGACGAGGAGCCGCAGGAAUCCGAUGAUGAAGAUUCUACAGACACGCAGUCCAAGUCUGCUAGUAAGCGGCGAGUGGAGACCUUCCAGCAGAAGGAGAAGAGGAAGAGGGACCUGGGCCAGGCCACGUCUGAUAAGAACUUUGUGGAGGAGGAGAAAAGGAUCCUCCGUCAGUUUGUGGAGUGAGAACGCGUGAGAAAGCCUGGGGUUGAGUUCGGAGCCAAAACCCUGAACAGCACAGAGAAGCAGGACUCAUGGUCAGUGAGCUGAGGCUGGACUCCGAAAGCCCUCGGGCUCAGCUGGCCUCACAUCGGCCAGCUUUUAUCCCAGUUAUCAUUUAGAACUGAAUUCCCUGGAAUUGUAUUUUUUUUUUGUCUUCUUUUAAUUUUAAUGUGUAUUUUAUGUGCAAGUUUAAACCGGCAGACAAACUCAGCAGCUUUUGAAGGGGAACAGGCAAGAUUUGUGUGGUCAAGCGUUAUAAUUCAUUUAAAGAUGUUGUGAAUAUUAAACUGAGUCUGAGA